CACGGUGGGAAUAGUGUCGACAGGAAAAAAAAAACUAAUAAUGGCCGAAAGUAUGCAAGAGCGGGAUGAUGUUCUCAUCUGUUCGAUAUGCAUGGAAACAUUCCGGAAACCAGUAAUGCUACCCUGUCAGCACAGUUUUUGUAGGGAAUGCAUUGAUUCGUACGCUGACAAGUUCAAACCUGUACAAACAGACGAGAGCUCCGGCAGCACUGGGUAUGAGGACGUUCAUCAGCUGAUAGCGUGCCCUGUGUGUCGGGCACCGACCAGUCUGGGGAGAGAAGGUGUGGCUGGUCUACCUCCUAACUUUCAUCUAGCAGAAAUUGUGGAGAGGUUCUCAUCUGGUGUAAAUAUUGAGGAUGACAUCCCAUAUUGUUCUCUGUGUGAGGAAGGUAAUCACGUCAAAGCUGUCAAGUUUUGUAACAACUGUGGUGUGUUCUACUGUGAGGAAUGUCUUGUUAUUUGUCACCCAAUGAGGGGUCCUCUGAAACGUCACCAACUGAUUUCGCCCCUGGAGUACCUCUCUCAGGAAACCUCACAGGGCCAAGUCAGUAGGGACCACCAAUCAACCCAGCAGCCGUCAUGCCCCAGACACGGUCGGUCAUUCGACUUGUACUGUGAACCGUGUCGAAUGGUGAUCUGUGUGGGGUGUGUGGUUGAGCAUCAGGGACACGCUAUGCGGGAUAUACCAUCAGCAGCUGAGAAUGACAAGCCAGCUGUUUUGAGCAGGACUAAUGAACUGGAGAAAGUCUUAGGCGAAACUAAGGAAUCACUGUCCGGAGUUCUGAGGCUGUACAGAAAACCAGGAACUUCACACUCAGGAGGUAGAAAAGGCUUAUUGUGCAGCCUUGGAAGCCUUACAAGCCUGGAGGCGGCACUCCUUAGAUGGCAUAAGAACCCGCUAUUCACAGUGGAGUGUGGAGUGUAG